AGAGCUGGACGGUCGGAGCAUCUUCUGCAGCAGCAGCAUCAUCAACUUAGCAAACCUGACACUAAAUAUGUCAAGAGCUGAGGGGAAAUUCACUGUGCUAAUUCAGGGCUGGGCCAUGUGGUGAUGCCAUGCAGAGGAGACACAGCAGCAACACGGAUGGCAUGCCCCCUGAAAGGAGCCGAAGCCAAACUCUGGGAUCAGACAGCAGCCUGGAUGAGGGUGGUGUGUUUGACUGCCUGAAACCCGACUCACCCGCUUCCCCCCAGCAGAUCUUCUCCGGCCUUGUGGGUGUCUCUUCCGGCUCCGUCUCCUCUGCCCAAUUCCAGGCAGCCGGUUUAGUCCUGGGCUCUCCCCCUGAAGUUUUUAUCCAGAUGACUGCGUCGUCUAGAGAAGAAGGAGGCCCCCACCGCACAGAGGGUGGACCUUUCCUCCCUCGGCCACCUCCGCACCACCACCACCAUCACCACCACCCCUACCACCACCACCACCAGCCCCUGCAGCACAGGACCUCCUCUCUGCUCCAGCAGGCCACCACAGCCGCCGGCUCCGAGAGGCACAGCUCCAGGGAGGAGGCGCAGGAAGACCCCUCCACCCCGGCCCCGGCCCUGUCUGAGCUGAAGGCAGUGGUCACAUGGCUGCAGAGAGGCUUCCCCUUCAUCCUCAUUCUGCUGGCUAAAGUCUGCUUCCAGCAUAAGCUAGGUAUUGCUGUGUGUGUGGGCAUGGCCAGCACCUUCGCCUAUGCCAAUUCCACUUGUAGGCACCAAGUAUCAUUACGGGCGGAUCGCUCUGUAAUGGUUGCUCUGUGGAUCAUCAUGUUCCUUGCAGGGAAUAUAAUGUACAUUUAUUACACAUUCAGUCAAGAGGAGCUGCACCUCAGCCUCAUAUUUGCCAAGCCCAACCUGAACAGCUUUGAGUUUUUUGAUCUGAUCUGGGCCGUGGGCAUCACUGACUUUGUCCUCAAGUACUUCACCAUCGGCCUGAAAUGCUUUGUUCUCUUUUUGCCCAAGAUUCUCCUGGCCUUCAAAUCAAGGGGUAAGUUCUACCUGCUGAUCGAGGAGCUGAGCCAGCUGUUUCGGGCCCUGGUCCCCAUCCAGCUGUGGUACAAGUACAUCAUGGGAGAAGACCCGUCAAACAGCUACUUCCUGGGAGCCACACUCAUCAUCAUCUACAGCCUCUGCAAGUCCUUCGACAUCUGUGGACGUGUGUCCGCCAUACGCAAGGCCUUCGUCAUGCUCUGCAGCUCCCAGAAUUAUGGCGUGAGGGCGGGCAGUCAGCAGUGCAGCGAGGCGGGGGAUGUCUGUGCGAUUUGCCAGGCAGAUUUCAGAGACCCCAUAGCCCUUCUCUGUCAGCACGUGUUCUGUGAGGAGUGCCUCUGCUUGUGGUUUGAUCGGGAGAGAACAUGUCCGCUGUGUCGCUCCACCGUCAUUGAGACCCUGCGCUGCUGGAAGGACGGCACGACCUCGGCUCACUUCCAGAUCUACUGAGCUCUGACACGCAAACAGAGAUAUGAUGGUGCUGAGAUGCAAGUUAGACAAUGCCGGGUCAUCUUUUAUCUUAGUGCGGUAACUCUUCAAGUCAGGGCAGGCCUAACUGCAGUAACACACCAUAUAGGGAAGAUUAGUUUUGAAGCCAUUUUAAAAGACCCAAACAGAUGUUGAACACAAUAAUUUCAGUGAAGGCAGAUUGAGCAUCUAAUUAAGCCACAUGCACAAACAAAAUCCUCAACAUCACUUAAAAGAAACGCAAAGCUAGGACAAUUGUUAGUGUCGCCAUUGGACCAUUGUUAAAUCACAAUGGACACAGGCUUUGCAACUUUUGUUUACUGUGAUCAUCAAAGGUCACUAAAAACACGAUUGUAACAAGAAUAUUAAUUAGAUUUAGUGUGGUGAUAAUGUAAAUGGUCACAGUAUUCAUGCUGUAUUUGUUGUAAAUGUACCACUUUUUUAUACUUUAUGAUUUUGUCAUACAUACUGUCUUUACUACUCUUUUUUUUAAUUAUACAAUAACUAUUUAACGUAAUUUGAUUUGGUUUAUACAUUGAUGCAAAUUAGUCGCUUUUCGGCGCCUCCUGCUUUUUUAAAGCAGAUUUGGGUGACUUCUGUAAUUCGUGGAGAAUUAAAAAAGAAAGGUUCCCCACCCCUGCCGUAAAUAAUAAUAAAAACCCUUUAU